AUGACAGCACUGGCUUUAGUUUACAAACUAUCAACUAGUUUGUUCUUGCUGCUGUCACUACUGUGGGGUGCUGCCAUUGCAGUAUCAGCCAAACCAAAUGGCUUUAGCGUCGAACUCAUGCACAUCUUUUCACCAGCAUCGCCUCUUUACCCCGGCAACAUUUCCUUCCAAGAAGAAAUGCAACGACUCUUACAGCGAUCGGAUGCGCGAAUGCGGCACAUCGAUGCUACCAUUGCAUCAGCCCUAACCCUAAGCAAUAACAUGUCACAAACUGCAAAGAACCGUCCUUAUGAUGAGUUUAUUCGUCCACAAGUCGAGUAUUACCCUAUCGCCACUUACAUUGUAGCAGUAGGCCUUGGCACUUUCCCAGACGCGAAGUUCCCGGAGAGACCAUUCAAAUCAUACUACUUGUACAUGGACACUGGGAGCGCCCUCACCUGGGUACUCUGCGCGGAUUGCGAAAAGCAGAAGCCUCCGAGAUGCUUUAAAACCAGGGAGCCCCCUUUCCCUAACGGCGAAUCUCAAUCUUAUAAGCCUCUCCCUUGCAACAAACACCGCUUUUGCACACCAAACCUGUGUAUUGGCGAUCACUGCUCUGAAGCCGCAGAAGAAACUUUCACGUUUUUGUCAAACAAAGGGCGGCCCCUGCCUAUCGAAGACAUAGUGUUUGGUUGUGCACAUGACGUAAGGAACGUAGACUUCGGCAGCCAGGAAGACUUCAAGAUAGCCGGAUUUAUGGGAUUGGGAUAUUCUCCUUAUUCCUUUCCAUUGCAAAUAUCCCAUCGUAUUCAAGGAAAAUUCUCCUACUGUCUAUCACACAACCGAGAGAUUCAAACAUAUCUCAGAUUUGGCGGAGACAUAGUCGAACCAUUCAGCGGCCUACGCGUCACGAAUUUAGUCCUCAUUCCAGAUAUACCCUAUUACUACGUGAACUUGAAAGCCAUUAGUGUGAAUGGACAGAAGCUCCUGAUCGAUCCAUCGGUGUUUGCUCUACGAUCCGGGGGUUAUCAAGGAGGCUGCCUUAUGGACAAUGGCAGUUCAGUUACUUAUCUCAUCACCCCAGCUUUUAAGGCAUUGGUAAAAUUCCUGGAAAUGUUUUAUAUGAGAUAUCCAAACUAUGUUAGGCACCUUGGCCCCAUUAGUCCCGCGUUCGAGCUUUGUUAUAGAUGGGCGCCGCCGAUGGUUCCCCUCCCUGCUGUUACAUUUCACUUUGAGGGUGCUGACCUUGAGUUGAAGGACGAGGCGUUCGUAACGCUGGAGGAUCGAGAUGGGAGCAGUAUUUUGUGUUUGGCGAUGGUGGAAAAUACAGUUCGUACUAUAUUAGGAUCAUUGCAGCAAGCAAAUUACAGAUUUAUAUAUGACCUUAACAAUGCACUGCUCAAGUUUAUUCCUGAGGAUUGUGCCAAGUGGUCUUGA